AUGAUCCGCAUGUCGCAGAGCGGGCAGCCCGACGAGCUGGAGGUGGCCAAGCAGUUCAUUGACGCAUACAAGUCGCAGAACUUGAAGGUGAUUCGGUCGCUGAAGGGCCAGUCGGACGAUACGAACUCACAGUUGGCUGGUGACGUCGACGCCGAGGGGAAGCUCGUGAACCCGUCCAGGUGGGGCUUGUUGACCGACGGCGACGCCAGCAACCACCAGCCAUGCGGAGCCGAGCCGCCGAAGAAGCGAGGCAGGGGCAAGCCAUCGAUGGAGGAUGAGGAGAAGUUCUGGGAGGAGGUCAAGCAGGCAGACUUCCAGGUGCCAACAGAUGGCAGGCUCGGUCGAAUCGCAAGCCGUUGGAACCGCGCCAUCAAAGACCCAGAGCUGAAGAAGAAGUACGACUCGACUACACAAGCGGUCGGGCAGAGCAUGGACGAGGCCAAGCGCCAGUUCCGCGUGGACUGGGCCAAGGACGAGUAUAAGGCGUUCUUGAAGGAGAAGAGCAUCACCACCACGAGCUCGCGCAGCACCUUCACCAACAUGGCGGUGAAAUACGUGUCCAAGGCCCUCGUCAUGGGGGCGCCGUGGGUCCUCUGGGAUGAGAUGACGGAAUCGGUCCGAGUGCUGUACGUGACGAAGGGGAUCAACCAAGUGUUCACGGUGGCGUGGCAGCAGCAUGAGAAGUGGACCAACGAGGAGACGCAAGGAUAA